AAACAAAGCAAUUGGGUUGUUGCAUUUGCGCGGUUAAAUAUAAAUGUAUAGUAUAGACACAUUUUAUUGACUACAUUGGUGCUCUUUAAAUUAUCAAAUUCGCUUUUUAUUUUGUUGAAAAUUUGACAAAGAAGAACAAAGAGAUCAUGCAACAGAACAACAAAGGAAGGUAUACAAAUCGACCAAUCAUUACCCCUUAAAGAGAUAUCCAGAACAUAGCCUCACUUAGCUGUCAUUGUCAAUAGGUAAAACGAGGUCCAUCUUUCAAGAUAUCAAUCAGGAAUAAGUACUUAAGAGAGGAUGUUUCUCAUUGAUGAUUAUAGUCCACGACAUACAGUUGAAAUGAGGGACGAAUUGAUAGUUCCAUAUUUGAUUACACGCUUCUACACGGCUGGAGAAAACAAAACAAUACACGAUCCGGAUUUCAUGCAGACAUUCAAGAGAGCUUACUUGCAUGUUAAUGCAAAGGGCAUGUCUGAACCUUACAUGAGACACCCACUAGGUGAUGUCUACAAAGAGCAAGACAACUUGAUUAUUUUAGAAACGAACAUUGCAGGAAAAACAACGAAUGGAUCCAAGAGACAUUGCCACAAUUGCAAAACUACGUCUACACCAUACUGGCGUCGUUCAAAACUGUACGACAAGCUCGACUGCUGCAACGCGUGUGGAUUGUAUGAAAGACAUCAUUUAGAAAGUAGACCUAUAUACUUGAAGCCAAAUGGCGAGCGCCUGAAGAUAAGAAAGGAUUGUUUGCUGGGGUAUACGAAAUAAGCCAGAAUAAUGCCAUGAAGACCCUAAAUAGAUACUCUGUCAUUGCCAAAAUAAUGCGUGCAUAUUAAGUAGCCAUUUCCAAACCAGAGGAAAGCAGCGGCUAUGAGUGCAACUAUCCCAGCUUUAUACGAGUGUGGUCCUAUAUCCAAUCCCUCGCUGUCCGCAACGACGGAGCAGAUACCGAUAGUAGUGAGUAAGCAACUGAAUAAUCCCAAGCAGACGUGCAACGGAUGCACCUUCUUAUGCCCAUCCUCAUAUAUGCGCUUAAGCCUACCGAGGCUCAUGAUGGCGUUGAACAAA